CACGAGCCGAGAUGUGGAUGAUGAAUAAUAGGUGGUAGACUUGACUUGAAAGCACGAAGGCGGGACGGAAGACAAGAGACCCCCUUCCACAGAGAGGCGUAUUGGAGAAGGAUAGGCAUUUCACACCUGCAUUGGGGGCCGCAUGUUUCUUUCUGGGUUUGGGUUUCUUUUCACUCUUGCGGGUUCAUUCGUUCUUGAGCCCAAGCUUUGUUCUUUUUUUUCUUCUUCUUUUUUCUUCUUUUCUCUUGUUGAUAUUUUUUUUGCAUGGCAUCCCUGGCUUUGCUCGCAUAGACAGCCACUGGAUAGAGAGGCAUUACAGAUUUUAUCUCACCCACAUUUUUUUUUCGCUGUCCAACCCAUCCAGCGAAUGUCGAUGACGGGCAUUCUACGUGAGACACCGGCGCCGUUCAUGUCCAUGCUAUAAAGGUGAGAGUGACGAGUGGGCACAGAAAACGGAGUUUCUGAUGGGGAGAGAGCGAGAGAGAGGGCGGGGAGGUAGGCUGCGGACGCGGGGAUGCGACGCGGG